GUUUGAAUUGGGGGAAGCCUAAUUCCAAUCUCUCUCUCUCUCUCUCUCUCUCUCUCUCUGUGUGUGUGUGUGUGUGUGUGUGUGUGUGACGGUCGGAGAAGACGAGGCCGAUGGGGCGACCGCCGAGCAACGGAGGCCCAGCCUUCCGCUUCAACCCAAAUGAGGUGAACUGGGGAAACCCUAUAAUUUGAAAAGAAGAAGUGUGAAUUGUUUUCCUGACUUAUGGUUUUUGGAGGAGUCUUUUGGUUUGCCCUGAACAGGGAAUUAUUGUCAUCUAAUGGUUGCAGAGAUGGAAAUUAUUCUGCAAGAACACAAUGCUCAGAUGCCAGCACGGGAGGUUCUUGUAGCUCUUGCCGAGAAGUUCAGUUCUUCACCGGAACGUGUGGGAAAGAUUAUGGUUCAAAUGAAACAAGUAUGGAAUUGGUUUCAGAAUAGACGGUAUGCUCUCAGAGCAAAAGCAGCUAAAACACCUGGGAAGUUGAAUAUAUCACCUGUGACUCAUAAUGAUCCCAAUACUGUCAGAAAUGUCAUUCAACCUCCUCAAGCUCCUCAACCUGUGACUAUUCCGUCAGCGGUUCUAAAUGCAGGGAGGACUGUUCCAGAUAAUUCUCAGAUGGAAUUUGAAGCUAAGUCUGCCAGGGAUGGUGCAUGGUAUGAUGUUGCAACAUUUAUGUCUCAUAGAUCUCUUGAGAAUGGCGAUCCGGAUGUUCUGGUUCGAUUCUCUGGUUUUGGACCUGAGGAAGAUGAAUGGAUUAAUGUUCGCAAACAUGUCAGGCAACGAUCUCUUCCAUGUGAGGCUUCAGAAUGUGUUGCUGUUCUUCCAGGAGACCUUAUACUCUGUUUUCAGGAAGGGAAAGAGCAAGCUCUUUAUUUUGAUGCCCAUGUUCUUGAUGCACAAAGACGGAGACAUGAUAUAAGAGGCUGCCGCUGUAGGUUCCUCGUCCGCUAUGAUCAUGACCAAUCUGAGGAAAUUGUACCUCUGAGAAAGGUUUGCCGUCGGCCUGAAACUGAUUAUAGGCUGCAGCAACUUCAUGCCAUGAACAGUUCGGGAUCUCUGAGCCAGCACAAGACUGGUGCCGAUCUCCAGAUAGGCAAUACUUUGAAGGUCUAUCCUACUCCAACCCAGCCAACCCAAAGGCAGGACAAGGCCGAGGAACAAGAGGAACAAGCAGCAGAUGGUCAAGCCAAGGUUACCCCUCGCCCCAACAGUAAGGUUGCUGCAUCGACAGAAACCAAAGCUCUGCAGCCUAAAGAUAACGAGAUCAUCAACACGGCUGGUGUUGUGGAAACUUCUUUCCCCCCACCACUGCCCAAUGUUGCUGUGACGACUACUGCUGCCACAACUGCUGGCAUUGAGGGAGCUUCUAUCGCUCCACUGGCCGAUGUUGCUGUGACAACUACAACUACUGCUGCUGCCACAACUGCUGGCAUUGAGGGAGCUUCCAUAGCCUCAAUGGCCGAUGUUGCUGUGACAACUACAACUACUGCUGCUGCCACAACUGCUGCUAUUGAGGGAGCUUCUAUCGCCUCAAUGGCCGAUGUUGCUGUGACGAUUGAGGGAGCUUCUAUCGCUCCACUGGCCGAUGUUGCUGUGACAACCACCACUGCUGCCACAACUGCUGGUAUUGAGGGAGCUGCGACUGCGACGACUACUGCUGCCAUAACUGCCGGUGACGAGGGAAAUUCUGCAGCCCCAUUGCCUGAUGUUGCUGUGUCUCCUACUGCCGCCCCAGAAACUGUAACCAGCGAUCCUGCUCCAAAUGUGGCUCAAGCUUAAGGGUGGAUCCUAGGUAGUUUAGUAAUGUUUGUACCCCUUUCCGUUUGAAGUUCAAUUAAGCUCCCAUUCAGUUUUGUUAUUAGUAAUUUGGGAUGUUGAUAUUGGACGAUAAUGAGUUCUAUUUAGAAUAUAUAUUGCUAUGGUGCAUUAAACAACAAUAUAUAUAUAGGAAAAGAAAAAAUCGUAUUUGCACGCAGCUUUUUCUUGUUAUUUGUUUUAGAACUCAUUAAUUUUUAUGGUAUAAAAAUUCAAAAUUUACUUUU